GACAUGGAGAAUCAGAAAAAUGUUACAUUUUCUCAAGAAGAAUCCUUGGGCUUGAUGUGCUUUGUGGAGCCAAGAAACCUCAAGAACUUUUUUGUUCAUAUGGAGAAGAGAAUCAUAAUGAUGAAGAGCCGACUAAGUUACAGGACAUGAUUGCACCAGAUACCAUAAAAAGUAUUCUGGAAGAAGAUCCAGAUCCCCUCUCAGUUGCAUAUGAUGGCAGUCCUGAUGCCAAGCAGCCAUAUACUCUAGGUGUUACUACACCAAAAUUGACGUCUGUUCCCAGACCAGCUUCCAAGAAGUCGGCUCGGAUUUCUAGGAAAAGAAACUGUGUCUUUGAUGAUAUAGUAGUGCUGCCUAAUGAGGCAAUCAGGCAAAGUAUACAUGAUGCUAGUGACUUGGUUGCUAAAAAGAAAGAAGUUCCCAAAAAUGCCCAUGCUGUUUGGAAAACUAAUCGAAUUGGAAAUCUUGCGCAGAAUUUCUUGGAGCCAUUGAUAUCUAGUGAUUUAACUGUCAUUUUUUUUUUGAUACAUUUACUGUCACUAUUUCCUUUCUGGUUCAUUAGUUGUGAAACCAUUCAUAACCCUAUUUCUGUGAUUCUAUUAGACGUUUCGCAAGAGCUUAGGUCCCUCUCAUGCAAAAGGAAAUUUAGGAAAUUAAGGAGUACUCCCGAGAAGUUAGAUUUGUUGGCCUGUUGAAGGACUCGUAUAUCAGAGCAAAUAGAGGUUGUAAAUACGGAAACUGUUGAACCUACAGAAGACUUAGAUGUGUUGGAAUAUCCAUGCACUG